AUGGUGCGCGUCUGCUGCAUCGGCAUCCCCUCCAAGAAAAAGGGGCAAGAUGAAGACGCAAAGGCAAAGGAGGAGGGUCCUCCCGAAGACACGCAGUUGAAGGACAAAAAGGCGAAGAACGCGAAAUCGAACGAUGCGAAAUCCAAGAACACGACCUCGAAGGAGAAAAUCCCGGCCCAGAUUCCGAAGCAGUCCCUUGUCGAAUUGAUCAAGCUGCCUCCUCCGGCCAAGCUGCCCGGAAGCAACUACAACAUGGAACUCAUGCUCAGUGGAACCAACACAGGAGGCUCCAUUGCGUCUUCUCACCGCUCAUACAUGCGUUCUCCUGAACUGGAUUUCAUUCCUGAUCCCACCGAGGUCGAAUAUGUGUCGGACCACGAGGAUCAAAUCGAAGCACCCAGAAGAAGUGGUCCCUGGAGCAGACUCAGCCGACGCCGCUCUAACAACAGCAACAAGCGGUCUGACAGUCCCGACAGUGACAAGCGGGUGUCGAUUAUCAGCAUUCAGAGGCCCUCUUCCAAUCCUGCUGCUACGGAGAUAGAUGGCUCCCCGCAAUACGACCAGGCUGCUUAUACUUACCCUGUGAGACAGAACAACAUGAGGCGCAUUCAAGCCGACCUCGAGAGCGAGCACAGUUCGCGAUCUGUCACGCCUGGAAGUAAGAGAUUCCGUGGGUUGGAGACAGUAGUGGAAGUUCCUGGUGAUCACCAAAGCGAGCGUCAGAGCGGACCGCGACCGCGGAGCGGAAUAGAGGUGGAGAUUCCCACCGAUGUUUCUGUGGUUGAUAUCACGUCUCUGCCGCAGCCGCCGCCUGCUGCCAAGCUUUCGAACGAAGGUGUUAAGGUUCAUCCUAUCGAUAUCACCACUGGAGACCGCCGGCGUAGCAGCUGCCCAAAGCCUGAUACCUCCACGAAGGUCACGGCAACAAGUCUUGUUCUUCGAGAGCGAGGGUCACUCCCUGAUAUGCCUCCCCCGGCCCCAAUUCUCCCUGCUCGCCAGAGUCGCGCCGAUCAGGAUGACGAGUCUUUCAGAACUUGGAGACUCUCCCAGUGUAUCCCCCAAAGCGAAAGUCAGAUGGCCUCUUCUCUUCAACCUCAGGAUAUCCCCCUUCCACUGGACGACGAGAGCACAGCUGCCUUUAACGAUAAAGAGGCUUCUGAGGCCCAGUCUCAAGAUGGUUCUUCCAGCAACAGCGCAACUCUUUGCGACAUGGAGAAGCCCGAUGGCAAGCUCGCAACCGAGUCCGUCGGCAUAUCUCAGCCUCCACGCACAUCGGAAUCUGCACAAUCCCAGGAUGGCAGUGGCUGGGAGACCUGGCUGCUCGCCGAGAAGCUCACGUCUCAGGAGGAUUCCGUCACAGCUAAGGACUUGGAUGGCAAAAAGAAGUCCGCAACUACAGUGCUCAGUCGCAGCUCUGCUACCGGAGCUGGCGAUGAGAAAGAAACAGACCGUCAACUCUCGAGCCCCAUCAGCUUUCCCCUCCAACAGGUUUCUGGUGACAAGCCGUACGCUGACUUGCCUUUGGAAAACGACUUGGAGGUAAAGGCUACUUUGGUUGGUAGAACGCCCUUGCUUGUGAACGAGCUGUCGCACUAUCCGUCAUCUUCUGUAUACUCGUCUAUGCGGAACACACGCAACGCCUCCCCAUCGGGAUUCAAGGAUGUUAGUGGUGACGACGAUCGCAACAGCCUUGCUGAGAGUCUUAUUGAUCUCGAUCUCGCCAACUUUGACUUAUACAAUCUCAAGGAGCAGCGUUCUGAUGAGAGUUAUCGUACCGCCCUAGACAAGAACCCCGACUCUGACACGGCUGUACCUUCUAUUAUCCUAUCAGGCCAGGAAGUAGCUGGUGCCGAUAGUAUUUGCUUCCAGACCGAGAACUAUCCCAACUACGGCACCACGCAGAACGCCCCUGACCCGAAGAACGAGAAGCCUGGUUCACUUGGUGGUAUUGGAGGAAUUUCCGGUGAAUCCCAGAUCGACAUGCCUAGCAACGGCUAUGCAGCGUCGCGGAAGUCUUCAUUCCUUCAAUUCCUGGGCAUUCGUAGAAGCUCGAGUACUAAGGGUCGAUGGCAGUCGCAUAGUCAGUCUUCCACGGAGCCCGCACAGUUGAGCUCCUCGUCGGUAGCGAACCAGAUGCUCAAGCCACGGGAGAACACUGAGAGGCUCUCGAGUCACAGCAUCACUUCUUCGAUCCAGCAUGUCCCGAGCGACGCCGAAUUCACUGCACCUAAGCUCACUGAAAGCGCCACCGUGGUCUGGCAGCGAGCUUUCAAAGUUGAGCACGACCAGCGCGAGACCAAGUCCACUACAGAUUCCAAGAAGUCUGCCAUGGCUAAAGCCAGCAUGGGAACAAUCUCAGUCAAUGAGAACCACCUCUCUCUCCCUACAGAGCGAGAUGUAGUCGCAUAUCGCUACGAAGAAGCCAAAGCCCAGGAUUCCAUCGCAACACGAAACGCCAGCCAGUCAAGCACUUCUCGGCAGUCUUUCUCUGGCACCAUCAUUCCCAAGAAAUCGGAGAACAACGAAGAUAAUCUGGGCUUCCAAAAGAUUGCUACGCCUCCUUCUUCUUGGGCCAAGUGGCCCUCCCAUGAUAGAGCCAAGAGAACUAGUACUGCGGGCCCUGAUGACGAUAUGACGCCGAAGGACUUUGCGACAUUCCCCGGCACGGAGACAGCGCAGUAUGUUGAGCUCGCCGGCAAGACUUCCAUGCCCAGCGUCGUCGAGAUCAAGAAGUCUUCUCAGUCCAUGUCGAAGAAGCUCGGAAAGGCCAUGAAGACCAGCUUGGGAAAGAUGAUGCCGUCCAAGCCCGGUGUCAAGUCGUCUGCCCAACUCGAAUAUCCCGAGCUCGAAAUCCUGCCCACCAAGGAAGGUUACAAAGACCUGGAAGCCCUCCAAAGUAGCAUUGAAACCUUGAAGGGUAGUGAGCGUGCCAAGAUGGCCAUCAAUCCAGCUCUUGCCAUUGCUGAGUUGGAGGACCAGCCAGCGUCCUCCCUCGACACUCUGCCUGCGCGACUCCACGAAACCGAGCACGCGAGACACGAAUCUGCCAAUGAUACCGCGAACACCGCCCAAAAUAAUGUUGCUCUGGAGAGCAAGAACGCCCACAAGGGUGGUACUGAAGCACCGACUAUCCGGCCAGUGACACCGGCCAACAUGAUCAUGCUUCCUGCGGGAGACUCCACCACCGCCACGACUGAGCAAUGGGCUACUCCGGCCAGUCGUCUGUCUUACACCACAGCUCUCGAUGAGAAUGACGCAGGUGAGCUUCUUGAUCUUGCAUUCUACAGCCGUGGAGUCUUUACGCUUCACAAGUUGAAAUUGCCUUGA